CGCCUGCAUUUACUCAGAUUAAUUGAACUCCAUUAUUAUAUCACUAUUCACACCUGUCUCUAUUUCUUCUUUUUUAUUUAUCUUCAGCGCCUUAAUUCGACUCGCCAUUGUUAUUUAUUCCUCACCACUUUUUUCAAUCUGUAAAUCUCUAUGCUUUUUGCCCCCUUUUCCGUCGUGAUUUGAAGUGGGUUUCGCGAAAAGACUCGACCUUUAACGGAAAAUGGCCGGCGGAGAAGGAGAAGGGGUGGGCUUGGAGUUCACUCCGACGUGGGUGGUCGCAGCCGUCUGCACGGUCAUCGUCGCCAUCUCUCUCGCCGUUGAACGCUUCAUUCACUACACUGGAACGUAUUUGAAGAAAAAGAAGCAAAAGCCACUCUUUGAAGCCGUACAGAAAGUUAAAGAAGAGCUGAUGCUGCUCGGGUUCAUAUCUCUUAUGAUGACCGUGUUUCAAGGUCGCAUAGUCAAGAUCUGUGUGAGUCCUGGUGUCAUGGAUGAUUUCCUGCCAUGUUCGCUCUCGGCUAGACCUUCCUCUGGUGGCGAAGGAUCCAAUAGCACUCAUGCCACCCCAGAAGUGAGUGGAGGCCAUCGGCGCCUGCUAGCAGAAGAAGCUGCUGCUGGUUAUUGUGCUGCAAAGGAUAAAGUUCCGAUGCUAUCUCUGGAAGCGUUGCAUCAUCUACACAUCUUUAUCUUUGUUCUAGCGAUUGUCCAUGUCACAUUUUCCGUCCUCACUAUUGUAUUUGGAGGGGCAAAGAUACGGCAAUGGAAGCAUUGGGAAGACUCUAUAUCCAAAGAUAAUUAUGAUGUGGAUAACGCUCUGAAACACAAGGUCACGCGUGUUCAAGAUCAUGAUUUCAUCAAGAAGCGAUUUUUGGGAGUGGGUAAAAAUUCCGCCAUAUUAGGAUGGUUGCAUGCCUUCUUUAAGCAAUUUUAUGCUUCUGUCACCAAGUCAGAUUAUGCAGCUCUUCGACUAGGUUUUAUAACGACACAUUGUCGAGGGAGUCCGAAGUUCAAUUUCCACAAGUACAUGAUUCGUGCUUUGGAAGACGACUUCAAGAUUGUCGUUGGCAUAAGUUGGUAUUUGUGGGUCUUUGUCAUCGUGUUCUUGCUGUUGAACGUCAAUGGUUGGCAUACUUACUUCUGGAUCGCGUUCGUUCCCUUCUUUCUCCUUCUUGCUGUCGGCACCAAGCUGGAGCACGUGAUUAGUGAGCUUGCCCACGAGGUUGCCGAAAAGCACAUUGCCAUCGAAGGUGAACUGGUUGUACGGCCAUCCGACGAUCAUUUUUGGUUCAGCCGGCCGCAAAUCGUCCUCGUCUUGAUCCAUUUCAUUCUUUUCCAAAAUGCUUUUGAGAUAGCAUUUUUCUUUUGGAUUUGGGUCCAAUACGGCUUCGACUCAUGCAUAAUGGGACACGUCCGGUAUAUCAUUCCUCGCCUCAUCAUCGGUGUAUUCAUUCAGGUUCUCUGCAGCUACAGCACGUUGCCGCUCUACGCUCUCGUCACACAGAUGGGAACGAAUUUCAAGAAGUCGAUCUUCGACGACCACGUGCAAGCCGGCCUCAUCGGGUGGGCGCAGAAGGUCAAGGGGAAGAAAGGGCUGAGAGGCGCGCUCGGUGGUGGCUCGACCGAAGGAGGCUCAACAGAAGGAGGCUCGUCGGCGGGAGUUCAGAUGGCUGCCGCCUUCGGCCGUAGGGCGGCGCCACCACCACAAAACGAAGUUCAACCAGCUAACGAUUCGUGAGAAAGGGUUGUAAAAACUACAGUAGUAAAAUGAAGACUCUUUGAUACUGUAUUUAUCUGAGCCUCCCUUGUUUGCUAAUAUCACCAAAGCAAUUAUAGGAUGAA